AUGCCCGCCUCUCCCUUUCAGACAGAAGCUUGGAUAGAGUACGGCCUCGGUACUCUGAUCCUUCUUCUUCGUUACUUUGCAAGAUGGAAAACAGUUGGUUUCAAAGGAUGGCAAGGAGAUGACUACUUUGCUGUUGCUUCGUUAUUCUUUUGGACAGCCGAGUUGGUUAUGCUGGAACUAAUCGGUCAAUCUGGAACCAACAUCGACGUUACCGACGAGAUGGGUGCCAACUUGACAGCCGCAGAAAUUGCCAAGCGAGAAUUCGGCUCAAAGUGUCUCCUUGCAGGAUGGAACUUUUAUGUUACUCUCAUCUUUUGCUUAAAGGGAGUCAUGCUUUGUCUAUACAGUCGCAUGACGUUUGGCCUUUGGCAGAGAAAGUUUGUCAUCUGGACACAGAUCGGUACCAUCAUCUCUUAUCUCAGUGUCAUUGCUGCGAUUUGGGGCCAUUGCACUCCUGUUCAUAAGAACUGGCAGGUCUAUCCCAACCCAGGUGAUUCUUGCACACUCGCUGUUGCUAAUUACCUUACCCUGGUCGUGUUCAAUGUUGUAACCGAUGUCUUUAUCGUUUCUAUCCCCGUUCCUCUAUUGUGGGCAGUCAAGCUCAGCAUCAAGCGAAAGUUGUUGAUUGGAGUUCUCCUUUGUUCCGGUAUCUUUAUCAUUGUCGCAACAAUUCUUCGCUGCGUCUUCUCUCUGCGGGAUAUUCAGGGUAUCAACACGUCGACCAUCUGGGCCAUCCGAGAGACCUUCGUCGCCAUCAUCGCUGUCAACGCCGCCGCAAUCAAACCCCUCUUCUCCGCCUCCAAAUGGCUCGUCUCUAGUAAGGGCAGUAGCCGCGACAAGGGAGGCAGCAGCUACGUCCACAAGCACGGCCACGCUCUGGCGACCAUCGGAGGCUCUGGCAUCUCAGGCGGCAUCUCUUCGAACCGACCCAACAAAUCAAAGUACAUGACACAACUCGACGAUAACUCGAGCGAGGAGCACAUCGUCGGCAAGUCCGAGUUUAUGGGUUACAGCAACAAGGGUGAAGUUCAAGCUGGAAGCACGAUGAGCGGGCGCGGCGACACUCGGGACGGUAUCAUGGUCACUCGAACAUACGAGGUAUCACCUGCGAAGUCGACAUUGGAUGUUUAA